GACGGCGACGCCUGCGGCCGCGGGACUCUCCACUCGCCGCCGCCGGAGAGGCCGGUGACCUCUUGGCCGCCCCGCCUCGGAGGCUCAGAUGGCUCAGGCGAAGAUCAACGCGAAAGCCAACGAGGGGCGCUUCUGCCGCUCCUCCUCCAUGGCCGACCGCUCCAGCCGCCUGCUGGAGAGCCUGGACCAGCUGGAGCUCAGGGUGGAGGCUUUGAGAGAAGCAGCAACUGCUGUGGAGCAAGAGAAAGAAAUCCUCCUGGAGAUGAUCCACAGCAUCCAGAAUAGCCAGGACAUGAGGCAGAUCAGCGACGGAGAAAGAGAAGAAUUAAACCUGACAGCAAACCGUUUGAUGGGGCGAACCCUCACCGUUGAAGUUUCAGUAGAAACUAUUAGAAAUCCCCAGCAGCAAGAGUCCUUGAAGCAUGCCACCAGGAUCAUUGAUGAGGUGGUCAGUAAGUUUCUAGAUGAUUUGGGAAACGCCAAGAGUCACUUGAUGUCACUGUACAGUGCGUGUUCAUCGGAGGUGCCACCUGGGCCUGUUGACCAGAAGUUUCAGUCCAUAGUGAUUGGCUGUGCUCUUGAAGAUCAGAAGAAAAUUAAGAGAAGAUUAGAGACUCUGCUUAGAAAUAUUGAAAACUCUGACAAGGCCAUCAAGCUGUUAGAGCAUUCUAAAGGAGCUGCUUCCAAAACUCUGCAACAGAAUGCUGAAGGCAAAUUUAAUUAGUUUUGAAACAGAAGAGCACUUACAAAUAAUGACGUAAAAAUGAUUAAAUCCUAGUUCUUUAUGUUAGGCGUGACAUUUGAUACUGAUUGUUCCAGAUGAGGAAAAUAUUCCAGUGUCAUCAGUUUUGUGAUUAACACAAUUAAAACUAGAAGUAUUUUAAUUAUCUUUCUAGAAGUUUUUAGAUUGAAUUCUUGUCUUGUAUUAGGAUCUAGCACCUACUAUAUAUAUUGUUUUUUAAUUUUUUUUUUUUUUACUAUUCUGUGGAUGAAUACAUAGUAUAUAGGAGAGAGUUAGUGCUCAGCCUGGGGCAAAAACAUUACUUUCUUUCCUGGGCUUUAUCUGGCAUGGAGAUACUUGGGCACAUGGGGCAUUUGGUUGACUAGAAGUUCUUUACCUUAAGCAGCACACACACUUACUACACAUCUACUAUUAACUAAGACGUGUGCUUCAAAGGGAUCACAAAGUAAGAGCCUUUCCUUAUAUCUUUUUCAUAAAGCACCUUUUUUUGGACAUCUAUAUCAAUUUUGACUUUAAGAUUUAUGCAUCUGAUAUGAAUUUAUUUAUUCCUCUAUGUGAAAACAUGGCAUAAAGUGUGAGAGAAUUCACCUCUGAUUUUACCACUGUGAACAACUCUAUGUCCACUUCAUCUUUUUCCAAAUGCAUCAUUUCUCUCAAUUUUUAUUCAUUAUAGAAAUACAGGGUUGUAACUUGCCUUUUUUAAAACUAUGCUGCUAUAAAGUCUGCUCAUUGUCAACUUCAAAACCUCGAUUCUGUAUAGUUGUAUAAUUUACUUAGCCAUUCCCCUUACUAGACAUUUAGGUUAUUUCCAGGUUGUUUCUUAUUCCUGUAUAUUUAUAUACAGAGAGCUUUUUCCUUUUUUCUUUGAUUUUUGAUUUUCUUUGUAUAAAUUCCCAGCAGUGGAUUUAUGGAUCAAAGGGUAUAUACAUUUUCAUGACCUGACAUAUUUCCAAAUUUUUUUGUAUAAGAUUAACAUCAAUUUAUAUUGUCUUCAGUAAUUAAAAUGUAGCUAUUUCACUAAAA